AUGGAACUCGAGCUCCAUCGAGGAGGAAGAGUGGCGCAGAACCAGACUUCGACCCAGACAUACGGUCUCCGAGCCCCAGUCUCGAACUCAAAAUCGCCGGGUCCGUAUAGCAUGGACACGCGCAGUAUUCCUCGGUCGAUGAGCCUCGGCGCCGCAAGUCUCCUUCAACUUUCAUCUUCAUCCUCCGCUGCUGCUACUGCUGCUACUACUGCUCCUCUUUCUGCUUCUACUACUGCGGCGUUGGCCGCACCGGUGGGGACCAACCUUCGCCGCUCCUCCCCCGAAGUAGGCCCAGCUGGAGCAAACAAUGACGGCUGGUCUGGGCGGGUCCUGGGCGAAUUGAAAGACCUACUCCUCCUCCUCAGUCACGAUGGACGGGUUCUAUAUGCAUCGCCCUCCUGUAGCGAUGUCACAGGGGUUGAGACAAGCGUGCUGGAAGAGAGCGAUUUCGCCCGUUUCAUCCACGAGGACGACAAGCCCAUCCUCGGGCACGAGAUUGACGAGUGCAUUGAAACCGGGCGUGAAAUCCGCUGCCACUUCCGGCUUUGUAGGCCUGAUAAUACCUUCUGUCUAUUGGAAGCACAUGGACACCCGCACAUGACGACGGCGGGAGCUGCUGCGACCGCAGAGUCCCGACAGCAGCAGCCGGUGUGUAAGGGGAUUUUCCUUGUCUGUCGACCGUAUCCUACGCGGGGGUCGCAAUUACUUGAUUCAUUCCUGGAACAUAAGAUUGAAAAUGUCCGACUGAACCAGCGCAUAGCGCGAUUGAAGGAAGAGGAAGAGGAGGAGUUGAAUGCGAGACAAGCCGCUCCUGGUGGUCAGACAACGACCACUACUACCACUACUACCACCACCACCCGUCAGACGUACGUCUCGACGACGCAGUCCACAUUUACGCAAUCAAAUACGCGGGAUACGUCUGUGUCUGGCGAGGAGAAUGAGUCGUCGGAUACAGUCACCAACGCGGACGAUACCGACUCGCGCUCAUUCCUGGAACAGGUUGGGGAUCAUUUACCGCAGAGCGAAGAUAUGUCUCAUAUCGACGGGAUCGAGGUCAUGACGGGAUUGUACUAUGGAGAGGGAGAGCGGUCGCAGGGACUGAGUACGGGUGUUCGCCAUGGUCGUCUAGUCCAUUGUAAUAUGGAGUCGAAAUCUCCAACCGACCAACAGCAGCAACAACAACAGCAGCAGCAGCAACAGCCACAGCCGCCACAACACCCAGAACACCAACAACAAGCACUACAAUCACCCCCAACCCCCCAACCCCCCAAGAACCCUAUCGAGCUUGACCGAAAGAAACGGGUGAAGGGCGAAUACAUGUGCACCGAUUGCGGGACUUCCGACUCCCCAGAAUGGAGGAAAGGUCCGGAAGGCCCCAAAACCCUCUGUAAUGCAUGUGGAUUACGGUGGGCGAAGAAGGAGAAAAAGCGCCAGGACUCGGGGUCGUAA